AUGAUACCAUUUUCCCAAGCCAUCGACUGCAACAACUGGUCGAUGCGAUACAAGAAAUUCAUCGAUGGUGUCUGCGUCUGCAAUAGCACUGUAGCCUGCGAUACAUUCCCGAACGACUAUGUGAAGUUGGCAUCGGGCCAGGCCGGGGUAUACCGCACAACGCGAGACGGCGAGCGCUUCCGCUACGAGACAGCCACGUUCGUCGACGGCUCCUCCGCUGACGCCGAUCUGAUCAUCGAUGCGAGCACCACGUAUCAGACCAUCAUCGGCUUUGGUGGCGCCUUCACGGAUGCUGCAGCCAUCAACUUGUACAAGAUGAAUGACAAGAUCCAGAACAUGAUCCUCGACGCGUAUUACUCGGUGGACGGUAUUCAGUACACCACGGGUCGCAUCCCCAUUUCAUCCACCGAUUUCUCCACUAGCGUUUACUCGUACGACGCCACCGUGGACGACUUCGAUAUGAGUGACUUUUCCAUCGCUGUGGACAAGUCAUCGGCUACGCACAAGCUGGAUCUGAUCCACCGUGUGCUGGACACGACAGAGCGCAAUCUCUCUAUCUUCGCGUCAUCCUGGGCCCCGCCAGUGUGGAUGACAAAGGAGAAUACGACGCUCAAUUGCCACAUGAAGGGAAACCCCGGCGAACAGUACUGGAAAGCACUGGCACUCUACUACUCCAAGUUCAUCACUGCGUAUAAGAACGAAGGGAUCAAUAUCUGGGCCAUGACGACGCAGAAUGAACCCGAUGAGCCUCUUGUUAAGCUGAACGCGUGGCAGAGUCUCCGAUUCACAGCAGCGACUGAGCGUGACUUUAUCAAGAAAGACCUUGGCCCGCGAAUGAAAGCCGAUCAUCCCAAUCUGAAGCUCAUACUCAUGGACGACAACAAGAGUCACUUGCUCAACUGGUUGGCAGCUCUUGAAGACAGUGAAGCGGCUCAAUACGUGGCUGGUGUGGGCAUUCACUGGUAUUCCAACGUCGAUUUCCCUCUGGGUAUCGGUGGCAGCUUUAGCGACCUCACUACCUUUCACACCAAGUAUCCAAACGUGUUCAUGAUCGGAACAGAAGCUUGCGAGGGCUACAUUCCCGACUGGGUUGUCACGAGCACCGGUGCAGGAGUGAAACUGGGCGACUUCAACAUCGGUUGGUGGCGAGCACACAACUACGCCAAGGAUAUCAUCAACGAUCUCACCAGCUAUGUGUCUGGAUGGACCGACUGGAACCUCAUACUCGAUACGAACGGAGGACCCAACUGGGCUAAGAACUUCGUCGAUGCGCCGAUCAUCGUGGAUGAAACCAAUGGCAACGAGAUCUACAAGCAGCCCAUGUACUACGUCAUGGGUCACUUCUCCAAGUUUCUGACCCCUGGCUCUGUGCGUCUCAAAUUCACAGCAGCAAGCGGAAGCAAGUCACGACUUAGUGAUGUGGACUGGGCGGCCUUCUUGACUCCCGAAAAUCAGUACGUGGCGAUCAUGUUCAACAAGGGAACAGCGGACAGACUGUGA